AUGGCCGUGCCUCGGCUGCACGGGCAUGGGCACACGGCCGUGCAAGGCUGGUUUUUGCCCGAGCAGCCGACACGGCCUGGCCGAGGAGAAGCGCACAACCGUGCACCUGGCACAUAUGGCCGUGCCAUCCUUACCGAGAGCUCGCACGGCCAAGGGGGAAUACUCGCACGGCCAUGCGAGGCAUUAUGGUGCCCGUGCAAGACGCACGGCCAGGCCAGGACGAGCGCACGGCCGUGCAAUAAGCGCUUUUGGCUGUGCGCUUUUGGCCGAGAGCUCGCACGGCCAAGGGGGGUGCCCGCACGGCCGUGCAAGUUGUGGUCCUGGCCGUGCGACUUGUUGGAGUCCCGAAAUCAACCUGUUUUCCCUCAAAAAAGACACUGGACUCUGGAUCAACGUCUCAAGACUCAAAAACACACAAAAUCAAAGGAAAAAGAGUAA